UUUGUUUGUGAUGGAGCAAGCACAACUGACCGCCAUGUUGGAUGUGAAAUCAUUGCUGGCUGUGCAAAAAUAUUGCUCAAAUUCGGACAUUAGGCAAACUCGUUGGUCAUUUCUGACAGUAAUCAUAGAAUUUAGAAGAUAUUAACUUUCAUUGGGAUACGUUUCAGCACCACAAAUGCGACGAAUUACAGCGCAAUCGACUGGUGAUGAGACUAGAGGGUUCGUAUAAAGCAGGACGUGGCGAAGUCACGUGAUUUGUCCGGGUACAUUACGCAUCUUUCAUAUCGGAAUUGCAUCGGCGAUUUCACUCCACCUGGUCUGUGAUUGACAUUUUCAACAACGUUGAUUUAUUUGAGAACUUCAAGUAUGUGUGGUACACUAUUUUGAUCAUGCAUAUCUGGUCUAGGAGGCACUAAAGUAAAGAUAAUGAUAUAUGACAAAAGUCACGUGCUUCGUGAUAUUUCCCGUCUUGUGUCUGUGUCAGUCGACUGGUGACAAUUCAUCAGAGACAAUAGGCAUGAUUGAACUCUGUCGAAUCAUACAUAAUAAGUCUACACCUUGUGCUUUUUGAGAAUAAUUGUCAAAUGAUUUUCAGAAUUGCAUGUCGAGUCCACUCCCUCUGAGGAUAUGUUGUAUGGCCGCAAUGGCUCCCGCGCUUACUGAGGCGGCUAGUCAGGUCAGAAUUAAAGCGACACUACCAGCUACAACGACGCCAUCAGUUACUACCCCGACUACGGUUCUAAACGGCAAGGAUCACAAAUUGACGGUACAACACGAAUUAGCGGUAGUUGAUAGUCGCCUGUCCCUGGACAAGGUGCAGAGGUCUACCAAACAAGUGACCAAUUUAGCAGGUCACCUGCUAAACGGAGGUCACAGUGUAAAAUUGAACACCUGCAAUCUUGCAACUAAUCUCCAAAAUUUAGGGGUUACCGCAGCCAUCUCGAAUCUCCACAAGAAAGAAGUGUCGGCAUUCCAGAGUGAAUUUAUCAAGUCUUUUGUAAAGCUUGAGAAAGGAGGUAUGAAUCAACCUGCAUCUAAAAAUGAAAACACAAAGCCUGAAACGUUAUCACCGAAAGAACCAUCUGAGAGUACAUCAUUCGUUAAUGGAAAGUCAUCAGUGCCCGAUGUUGUGAAGGAUGAACAGAAAAGUUGUGAAAGAGACAUAUCUUCAGAUCCGAACACUUCUUCCAAUGUGGAUAGCAAACUGAGUGGAAAUGAUGCCAUAAUUAAAGGUCAGGAAGAAGAUACAAGUUCAUGUCCUUCAAACUCCAAACUUGACUUGGAAAAUAAUGAAAGUGUUAAGACGACUGAAGAUCUGAAAGAAUGUGUUUCAACAUCACAACAUCAACUUCAUCGAAGGGCAGAGUUUCUUUUGCGUCGUCUACGCCGAAUUCAGGGACGUCAAAUAGAAAAUCAUACUAGACAGCAACUUCACCAUUUUGUAGAAUAUCAACAUAAGAAUUUAGAAACUGUUGUGAAGUCUAUUAAUGCACCAGUAACUGGCACUGAACUAAAAACAGAAUUAUUACAAAGUGAAGAUGUGAAAAAUCUCUCUACAGCUGCCCUUGUAAAUUUAGUUAGAAAGCUUCAGGCACCUAAGAACUUAUCACUGAAUCAACGCCUUGUCCAUCCGCCGAAAACAGAGGCAGUGAUUCAAACGACGACAAAUAUUUUGAAAAUGGACAAGUCUGUGCGGAAUGAAUCUGAAACAGCAGCUGAUCACAUGUGUUCAACGAUCAAGAGCCUUGAAUCAGUGGUCGACUCAGAUGCAACAGAGAGCAGCUCUGGUGGAGAAAGUUGUGAUGAGUUUGAUGGAGAUCUUGUAAAGGAAAAGAAAGGUCCUUCUCCGCCACUACAUCGACGGGCAGACUGGAAGUGGGCGUUUGAGCGAGCUUCUGUAGCCGCCCGAUGGACAUGGCUGCAAGCACAGGUGUCAGAUCUGGAAUAUCGAAUUCGUCAACAGAGUGAGAUUUAUAAACAGAUACGGAACAGUAAAGGCAGCAUUGUUCUGGGGGAUGCUCCGUCACCUCAGAAUCUAUUGACUCGCUUUCACCCUGCAGCAGUUAAAACUACUGCCAGGCCUGCAGGCUCAGAUAAUCGUGUAACUAGUCUAGAUCAGAAAAAUGAGAUGUCCCCGUGUAACAUUUCCACUGUGUUGUCAAAUGUUGACAAACAAGCCUCCCGCCUCUCUCAGUCCCUUGGAAACUGUCUUUCACCUCAACAAAACAGUAUCAAAUCUAGUACACCUUCUACAGGACGAUCAUUAAAUGGAUUUAUUGAGUCACCAAUAGGUAAUUCUGAUGAUGCUAAUUCGGAUACCCCUGUUGCCGAUGUUCGGUUGUUAGUGGACAAGUCUGACAUAUCGGUAGUUGAUCCAACGACACAAGCAGCUAGGUGCCGACCAUUACGUAGUUACAGAAAGCGCAAGUUGUUGAGGACGUUUGGUUUACAUCAGACCAGUCGUAAGGCUGCUCGGCUCUCUACCGUCAAGUGUGAAUGUUAUCCGCCUGUGAUGCCAUGCCCCUUGUGUGGGGGGCGCUAUAAUAACGCACAAACUGUCCAGCCAGAUGUCAUGCCUGUGCAGGAACGAGUCUCACUCUUGGAUGCAUCGUUCCAUCCUGUUCUGUCGUUCCCUCAAGAAAUACCCUUACCUGUCCACUUUGAAGCUCUUCUGAAGAGUGGGGAGUGGCAGCAUAAACCGCCACCCAAACGGGCAAAAACAGAUACUGACAGAAAAAGACACAAAGGAAAAGGAUCUGACAACUCUAGAAAAGCCAACCGUCAGAUCCGGAAAAAUGCUGCAGCAGUAUUGUUGUCAUCAAAAAUCCGCAGCAAAUAUGAAAACAAGACUGUUCGAAAGGGACAUAACACAUCUAGGAAAAAAGCUGUAUCCACUCGGAGGUUGAACAAGGAUACCACAAUUCGGCGGCGGGCACAGCAGAUUGCAAUUGCCAUGAAACGGCGAUCUGGUCGUUCAAUGUCCGCACUGCAGAUGUCUGUGAUGGAAGCCAGCCAGGGCUCACUUGCCUCUCCACAGACGAAGGACGGCCUUUCCCUCAGCUGUCCAUCCUCAGCCUUCAAGGAUCUGAAAAAUAGGAGAAGUCGAGGCGAAGCCUAUGACAUCAACAAUAUAGUCAUUCCUUAUAGCAUAGCAGCAGCGACACGGGUAGAGAAACUACAGUACAAGGAAAUUGUCACACCCAAAUGGAGAGACAUUACCUUGGACAAGGAGAACACAACUGAGACUGUGAUAGGCAUGAAGGAGGACUUCCAGGAACCCAUGGAGGUUGAUGGGGCUUUGGAGAAGACCAAUGGCUUGAUUGGAAUAAAACCGGUAGAAAUCGAUGAGGAGAAUGAAGAGAUUGAAGAUCUGUGUGAUGAUAUAUAUGUUGAGCGCCACCUGAAGUGUGAGGUAGAAGAGAAGAAGAGGUUCACAUCCUUUAUCCAAUAUCCAUCACGGAGGAAUCGCACGCGGACAGAGACCAGCACCCCAUUAACUGAGCCAUCUUCGCCAGAUCCAAACUCCACACCAACUGACACCCUCAUCCCGAUAGAACUGCCACUGACAGAGUCCAUGAUUCAGCCAAUACAGCCCCCUCCACAAGGGACUCCCAGCACGCCCACUUUCCCUGCUACUUCCUAUCUCCUGGCAUCGGCCGCAGGUUUCGAUGAAGGGAGCAGACGUCGCAGUGGGUCUGUGUCGAGGAGAGAAAGACUGAGCUUCAGUUCUGUCAUUGAUGAUUCCAGUCAGGAUGGAUUUAUGGAAUUGGGUGAAAUUGUAGACCCAUGGCCAUUACGAACAUUCCCUUUGUCGGAAGAAGAAUUUGAAAGUGUGAAGAAGGUACAACUGACUAGUGAGAAGGUUCGACCUCGGGUGACCUUGGAGCCCCCAAGCACCCCUUGUCGAAGUGAUAGCACUCCAUCUAGCAGCCAUCCUUGUUCUCCACUGCCAAGCUCAGCAUCCAAUUCAGUAGCAGGUGACGACCCUAAUGACCCGGAAUGGACAGUCAUCAACAAUGAUAGAACACCCAGGAAGAUGUCCGUUGUGCUCAAGUUGUCAACAGGCAAGAGGUGAGGACUGAACCCUGGAGAACAUGGACGUGUCUAUAUACAGUGCAAGCCCCGACCAAUAAGGGAGUCUUGCCAUCUGCCUACAGAGGGUGCUGGUACUGACCACAGGGAUGUGACGACGACGUGAGACAUGCGUAAUGUGUCAUCCGCCAUGAGAGCAUCCAUAAGAUCAAGCCAUCGUUUGUAGCAUAUUCUUAAUGCUAGAAUGCAUUGAGGGCUACUAAUGAGAUGUGUACAGAAUUCAUAAGAGUCCAUCCAUAUGUUGAUGAAGGUUCUAUUGGACGAGAGAUGGAGAGAACUCAGAGUUAUCUUCGGAGAGACAGAUUACCCACUUUAGGUUCAUUUUUGCCCAAACAAUUUUCAGUGCAUCAUCACAGUUAUGCUCAUCAGAAAUAUUUUGGAGUGAAAAAAGGAGAACGUUCUUAAAUGAGCUUGUUUAGGCAUUUGCUGGGCUUGUGUUAUAGUAUGCCUGCAUUGCUGUAAGGAAGAACUCUGUGGAUAAUGUGUCUGUUCUUGUGGAUAAUGUGUCUGUUCUUUCAACUACAUCAGUGGUUUCCCCCAACAAGUGACAACCCCAUUUCAUGUCAUUUGGAUGGUAUACAUUCACAGCCGUUACAUUUAGGACACCUUAAAGUAUAGGGCAACCUGAAAGAGUUCUCAGUGGGAAUAGCGUAAGGAUUAAUGGUACAUAUACCAGAUAAGAGCGUGAAUACAGCUAGGUGAAAGGAGUAUUCCCUCCUAAUAUCAUGACAAGUAGUUUCUAUUGAAAAGGAUGGUGUGUUGGCAGUUUGAUGUGUUUCCCAUAUUUAGUAAAUGCCAGUGCUUCACUUGGAGUGCAUGGGAAACAUACAUGUUUUGAAUGUUAUCUUCUUUUCUCCAGGAAAUACUGACUGUAUUUGUCAGAGUGAAGUUAGUCCAGUGAGAGCUCCUUCAAGGUUGUUCACUUUGUUUAGUUUGUCCAAGUACAUCGUUGAUAAAUGAUCUCAAACAUUUGACUGUUUAACAAACAACCCAUUGCCUUGAUUCAUGUUGACAGAUGCUAUAAUGAUUUUUUUUCAUUUACCUUUUUUUUAAAUCCUUUAUAUACGAUUGGAACAGCUGAUCCAUAGCUUUUGAUUUCCAAGUGUUUGGUGUCACACAUGUGGUGGCCAUAGUCCUCAAAAACUUCUAAAGAUGUUCCCUACACUACGUUGAGAUAAGUCAGCUAGCUGUGUGUUUCUGAUGUACAUAAUGUACAUAUUGGUUGCAAAAGUGCUGUAUUUGAGAAAUUCAUUGUACGAGUGGGAGGUAAAAUCCAUAUGUCAGUGCCCACAUUGAAGUGGACAAGAUUUCUAGGUUGCUUUGUGUUCAUUGGACAAAAGAUGUUCUCAUUCAACAAAAUAAUUUGUGUAUGUUUUGGUAAAUAUUGUUGCCUUUAAAACAUUUUACAUGUUACACACUGUACACGAUAAUAAGCACAAAAUGUUUCUCGCAUUAGAAAGACGAUCACUUGCCAGAUAUGUUUUGUACAUUCUACCCUGUAUUUCAUUUGGACAAGAAUGAACAUGCCUUUUCCUUUUGUGUUGCCAUAGAAAUAUUACAGAACUUUAACUUGGAUUAUAAAUUUCCAGAAUCUGCAUUGCAGCAGUGUACAGUUCUCUCAUCAUUUUAGCAGUCUCCCCUUAAUGCCAGGCCAUAUACAAGGUAGUUUGAACAUUCUCAGCCAUAGCAGAUCACCAUCACUUCCUGGACACUGUUACCUUGGUUACCUGUGAGAAAGUGUGUGCUGGAUAUAGUUGUUGCAAGUUUGUGUUAAUUUUCUUUUUUAAGACAAAAACUUGUUAAAGAUGUUUUUCGUACAUUUGUGUUGCUGCUACUCGAGUUGGCAAGUUUUCUUCACCUAGUGUUCGUACAUACAUCACAGUUCAGUUCGCUCAUGCAUUUACAUUUGGAGGAAAAUGCACUUGUGUAUGUGUGUACUUGCAUUUAUAAUAACUGAGAGCUGCUGCAACAGCAUGUACAGCUUAGUGAAUGACAACCCCAGCAGCCACAACUGCGUGGACAUGUUGAUGUAUGUAUUCUAGAUACUUGCUAUCUGUCUUUGUCAGGAUCAAAAAGUGCUUUUGAGCACUCCUAUGUGAGAGCUCUUAUAUGUAGAUCAACCAUAGUGCAAUUGUGGAUGAAAAAGAAAGAUUAAAUUAACUUUUUUUUAUAA